GACCGCUGAAUAAUUUAUAAUCCUCUUUGUGAAUUUGGGCUAAUGUAAACUGUACAGUACGUUUCUUUAACAACACGAAAGUUUCCGGGGAACGUGAAGGCAGCACAGCUUCCCCUUUACUCCUGACCGAACAACCAAUCACACUGCACUACCCCACAUGCGCCCCGCCCCCUGCGCCAUAAAGGGGCGGUGCCUGAGCGAUGAGGUAAUCGGGGUAAACAUUAAAGAUGGCGACGCCUGUAGCUGGAGAGGGGCAUCCAAGUCUAAAUGGGAUUAUUUCCGAGCACCAAACUAAAAAACUGACCGACCUGCCGACCGAGUUGCUCGAACACAUCCUGUGCUUCCCUGCCCUCAAGCACGCCGACAUUUGUAACGUGUCAUGCUGCUGCAAGCGGCUACACGACGUUUGCCAUGGAAGGGGAAAGGUCUGGGGAAACCAGUACAAACUCAGAUGGCCAAGACUGCAGAGGUUUUACCGUCAGAAUGAGAGCUGUGACUGGCUCAAAGAAUACAAAACACGCCAUAGAGUUGGUAUACAAAUAAGAAGGACUGUGGAAUCAAUCUCCAAAAGAUUCUUCACAGAGGUUCCUUGCGUUGGCCAGGUUCUGGGAGACAGCUUUGCAGAGAUCGAGUCACUCGGGAUGCCAGAGCACUUCUGCGAAGACGAGCUCCUCUUCAUACUCAACUCGGAUAAGAGGAAAAGCUUGACCUUGAAGUACUAUGCAAAAAAAAUCCUUUACUUCCUGAGACAGCAGAACAUCCUGAGGAGUUUGAAGACUUUCUUGGAACAGCCUGUUGAGCAGCAGUCGGCUCUAGAAGGUGCUGUCCUGGUGGAUCAGUAUUGUAACCCGUUGGCUGAUGUCACACUGGACAGCAUUUCAGCCCAGCUGGAUGAGAUCACAGAAAAAGUAAAGAAGAUGUUGCGAAUCAAGAACCCCUCUCACCCCAGCCUACGUAUCGCUCAGGGUGACUGUUUUGUGGUGGAGGACUUUGAGCUCCAGAGGCAGGUGGUCUGUGCCCUAAACUCUGUCUUGUAUGAGCAGCUUCAGUACAAAGGCAAUGAGUUUGACUACUACAACCCUCUCAACUCUUACAUCCACCAGGUGCUACUACGCCAUACAGGUAUCCCCAUAAGUCUCUCUGUCCUCUAUAUGACAUUGGCCCGGAAGCUGGGUGUUCAGCUGGAACCUGUCAACUUCCCCAAUCACUUCCUGCUGCGCUGGUGCCAGAAACCAAGAGGGAGCGAGGACAUAUAUGACUUUGUCUACAUUGAUGCCUUUGGUAAAGGCAAACAGCUGACUGCCAAGGAGUGCGAGUACCUCAUUGGCCACCAGGUGACGGCAGAUUACUACAGUGCCAUCAGCACCAUGGAGGUGCUGCUCAGGAUGGUGGGAAACCUGCUUAACAUCGGAAAAAGAGGGGAGGGCAAUGAAAAAUCUUAUCAGCUGCUGAGAGACUCGCUGGACCUCUACCUCACUAUCAACCCAGACAACGUGCAGUACCUGCUGCUGCAGGCACGGCUCUACUUCCACCUGGGCAUCUGGCCAGAAAAGGUGCUAGACAUCCUGCAGCACAUUCAGGCGUUGGAUCCCUCCCAGCACGGGGCAGUGGGUUACUUGGUGCAGCACACGCUGGAGCAUAUCCAACAUAAGAAACAUCCUGUGGCACCUGAAGUGAAGAGGCGUAGCGCUCCAGAACACCUGGAGGUCCAGUAUUCAGUGGGCCUCAUCAUGAAACACAAGAGGUCAGGUUAUAACUGUGUGAUCUACGGCUGGGACCCUAAGUGCACCAUGAGCCAGGAGUGGAUCACCACCAUGAGGGUCCACCAGCUGUCCAACGGUGCCAACCAGCCCUUCUACAACGUCCUUGUUCAGGACGGAACAUGUCGCUACGCAGCACAGGAGAACCUGGAGCCCCACUCAGCCCCCCUGGAGAUCGGCCACCCGGAAGUGGGUCGCUAUUUCUCCGAGUUCGCCGACACCCACUACGUUGCCAACGAAGAACUGCAGACACGAUACCCCGAGGACAUGGCCGAAACUCUCGGCACGGUGCAGGAGCUUUAUCACAGACUGACACCUGGCUCUGGGAACCAAGACCAGGCUCCUGCCACAGACCAAAACAACCACCAAGCCAUGCCCAUGUAGCAAAGAUGCUGUGUCCAAAUACCCUGCCGACUUAGGUUAAAACCAUUACUGGUCACCCAUUCUCAAUUCACAGUCCACUUAUCUGUUGUUUUACUUCACAUACUCAGUGUUAGGACAUGUGUUACAAGUGAAGGUUUUUUGUAAAAGACAGCAAGUUUACAGUAUUUCCAAAAAUAACCGAUCACUUGUGUAGCAAUUCAGUCAUGUUCCACACGCAUCUGGAAAAUGUAUUUUAAUAUUUCCAGGUCCAUAAGAUUGUGAGGAAAAAGAUACCAAAAGGUGCAGAGACAUUUUGGUACUGUUGUACCAAUAAUCAUCAUGACCACACAUGUUUAAAUACUACAAUGUAUAGUAUUAGUAUAGUAUUACUAUCUAGUGCAAUCUAUGGAGUGAAAUGCAUCACUUGGACGACAUGGGGACAAAAAUCUUCUCUCUGGUAAUGAAGUUGAGUUUGGAAAAAAGUAUGGAAAUUCAACAAAAAUGAAGUAAACGAUUAAGUGGAGGAGUAAAUUAAGGAUGGGUAUCCAGGUGCUGUAAAUCUCCCCUCACCUAAAACCAAGGAAUGCUCCCUAACUCCUGUCCACACCUCCUCGCUCCCAGCACCAGUCAAACAAGCCCCCCAGCAUAUAGCCUGCUCCCACAGUUACCGUGCCACACAAAAGACUAUGAAGAAAAAAAAUAUGUUGUAAAUUGACUUUACUUUUACCUUCCCUAUCUUUUAUUCAAGUUUGAUGCACUUGAAAGUUUAACUUUCAGAUUUCUAGAGUAUCUUAAUUUUUUUUCUGUAUAUUUACAAGUGAAACAUGUAGGAUGUCAUUGGUUCAUCGGUGUUGAUGAGCUGUUAAUGGAAAAA